AUGACAGCUUUAUCGCAAGAUGAAAUUUUGCAAAAUACGCGCACAGUUGUGCAAGGAUUAGAAGCGCUUAAAGAUGAACACGAGUCGAUUAAAGGUACAUUAGUGAACAGUAUGCAAGGACUUAGUGCAGAUGAAUCUGCAUUAAUCGAGGAAAAGGCACAUAUUGUUGAAAAAAAUUUGGAUUUAUUGCGACUUGGCAUUGAAGAAGCUCAGGUAAUGAUGGCACUUGCUGGACAUCUACAAACCGUGGAAGCAGAGAAGCAAAAGUUAAAGGCGCAGGUACGUCGUUUGUGUCAGGAAAAUGCAUGGUUGCGGGAUGAAUUAAACUCCACUCAACAAAAAUUACAAGCCAGUGGCCAGCAAGUGGCACAACUUGAGGAGGAGAAGAAACAUCUAGAAUACAUGAAUUCAAUAAAAAAAUAUGAUGAUCCUCAGGAAAGUGACAGAAAUAUUGAUCAUGCUGAACUACGAUCAAGUGAACAUACUUUGCAAGAUCUUGGAUUUGGACCAGAAGAAGAUGAGGAAAUGGCCGGGAAUAUUGCUGGUCAGUUUAAUCAUCCUACACCUGCCCAUUCAAUGGCUGCUAGUGCAUCAGCAGGCUAUGAAAUACCCGCUAGAUUGCGUACCUUACAUAAUUUAGUCAUCCAGUAUGCUUCGCAAGGUCGAUAUGAAGUUGCUGUUCCUCUUUGUAAACAAGCUCUGGAGGAUCUCGAAAAAACUAGUGGUCACGAUCACCCAGAUGUUGCAACGAUGUUGAAUAUACUUGCCCUUGUCUAUCGUGAUCAAAACAAAUAUAAAGAAGCAGCCAACUUAUUAAACGAGGCUUUGCAUAUUCGCGAAAAGUGCCUCGGUGAGAGCCAUCCAGCAGUAGCUGCUACUCUCAAUAACCUUGCUGUUUUAUAUGGAAAGCGAGGCAAAUAUAAGGAUGCCGAGCCUUUGUGCAAACGUGCACUUGAAAUUAGGGAAAAGGUAUUAGGCACGGAUCAUCCCGACGUGGCGAAACAACUAAACAAUCUUGCACUUCUCUGUCAAAAUCAAGGUAAAUAUGAUGAAGUUGAACGGUAUUACAGAAGAGCAUUGGAGAUAUAUGAAGCUAAACUUGGACCGGAUGAUCCAAAUGUUGCAAAAACUAAGAAUAAUCUGUCAUCUGCUUUUCUUAAACAAGGGAAAUACAAGGAUGCGGAAAUUUUGUAUAAACAAAUUUUGACACGGGCUCACGAAAGGGAGUUUGGUAAGAUUGGUGAUGAUAACAAAGCAAUUUGGCAAAUCGCUGAAGAUAAUGAGGAAAAAAAGCAUAAGGGCUUGGACUCAAGCACCUAUCAAGAGUACGGAGGUUGGCAUAAAGCUGCAAAAGUCGACAGAUAUCGUUUGUCAGAAGUUCGCCUUAUUAAUUCUGUGCCCAGUGCAGUGACUAUACCUGGUUCAAGAUAG